UACAUGGACACUAUUACCCAAGAAGAUCAAGAACCGAAGAACCUCGAACUUGAACCAGAAAUUAAGAAACUCAGAAAGAAAUAGACCAGUUUAUUUAAAACUUACAAGUACAAGUGCAAUUUCUUAAAUUCUCGGUUUGUGUGCGUGCAUUCAAGUGAUAGCCUAUCUUUUUAUGGCAGAGGCAUACAUUUUCCAUCAACCGAAGUUGUUUUCAUAACCUAGGCCCAUGAAUUGUGUAUCUUCAGCAUCCUUAAAAAUUGGCCGAUUGACUUUUAUCGUAUGAUAUUUGGACAAAAUGCUUAAAUCGAGAUGCUCAGGAGAGCUGAAAAAAGAUGUUUCCGCUGCGGGGUCAUCUUACUGUGCAGUAUAUUUUGUCUCCUUGCACUCUACUCACCAGUGUACCAGCCAUCUACACAGAGAGAAGUGAUGGUACAAGGAUGGGAGGCAAACAUCAGCAGAAAUACCCGCCAAUACGUGUUACCGGAGAAUGUGACCACCGCCAUCAACGUAAACAACUUGUGUCCCUCAGAUCUGUUCCUACUAGUUAUAGUUUGCUCUGCCCCUGCCAACUUUGAACAACGCAGUGCCAUCCGAGACACGUGGGCAUCACUUGCUGAAGAUUCUGCCAGAGUUGCCUUUCUGCUUGGCGAGUCUGAUAACUCCACCUUGCAGGCCAAGGUUGUUGAAGAAAGUGGGAUUUACGAUGAUAUCAUCCAAGAAGGGUUUGUGGAUUCGUACAACAACUUGACCAUCAAGUCAGUGAUGAUGCUGAAGUGGGUGCAGCAGCAUUGCUCAUCAGCUCGGUUCCUGAUGAAGUCAGAUGAUGACAUAUACCUCAACCUCCCAGCUCUGUCGGAGGCCCUACAACCAGUUGCCAAGAGAAAAAACAUCCUCAUCGGUUCCUUAAUUUGUAAAGCCAAGCCUAUUCAGGACUCCACCAAUAAAUGGUACACUCCUCAGUACAUCUUCAACGAGCCUUACUUCCCCAACUACUUGUCUGGCACCGGUUAUGUGAUGUCCCAAGAUGUUGUUUCAAAACUUUACAAAGCUGCUCUCAGUACCCCCAUCAUACAUUUGGAGGACGUCUAUAUCACAGGUGUCUGCUCUCGUGCAGCUGGUGUGAAGCCCCUCAACCACUAUGGUUUCUUCUACCAAAGACGGAAACUGUCGGAUUCUUGCAACCCCAAGGUGUUCACCAACCACCGUAUGUCUCCUGAUGAUCUCCGUACGGCCUUCUCUCAUGUCAGCAACUGUUCCACCCCUACAUCUACCCCCUUCUUGGUCACCACUCCCACCUCCCACUACCGUGCCAAACGCCUUCCCGUCUCCACAACAUGUCACUAACCACAAACUCCACAUGCCACAGUCGGUCUUUAUGCUCAAACAUUUUCUUUUAAUGUUAUCUCGAUAUUCUCAUGUAGAAUUGUAGCGUACAGGGAAGAAAGUGAUUUACUUUUAAAUUGAAGAAAGGUUGUUUUGGGUUGUUUUAACUUACACUAUAGUUUUGUUUAGAUAUUCUAGUUUUUUUUUGCAAGUGAUAUUUAUUUGUCAGUUUUGAGUUUGUGUCCUCAAAUAAGCCAUUAGAUCUGGAAAACGCAUCAAAAGUGAAAGUGUGACACAAAUCUUUCUAAUAAUUUGUUACUAAUUAGGUAUUCUUUAUCUAGGGUGUGUAAACCUAACAUGAUAAGGUUUCAUUUAUUUUGACUGUAAUGAGUUGUUUAAUAGGGAUCAUGGCAUAAAUAUCUCAUGAAAUAACAAAUUUACUGUAGCCUAUAAUAACAAUAAUUUUUAUAUGGUCGAAAUCGAUCACCACUUACCAUCUUUUUUUAUAUUUACGGUCUUGUGAGUAACAGUAUAAGCGUAAAUAUAUAUGUUUUAAGUGUUAUAAGACAUCUUUUUUAUUUACUUUCUGUAAAUUUAAUAACACAUACAAUGCUGAUCAAGAAGUUAUUUAAAUAUAAAUAAUAAUCAGUUAUUCAUGGGUUUACUGUCUUACUUUACAAAAUUAGAAAUAGUAAACUAUUUGAAUCAAUUUAAUUCAUAGAGUAUCAUACUGAAUUUUUGGAUUUCUUUGAAUAAAAAAAAUGUUGUCAAUGUAAUGAAAUAUUCUUUAACUUCUUUCAAAUAUUUAUAAAAUCUUGACAAAGUCAUUACAACAGCUAAAAUCAAAGCUUAGUCAAUAAUCACAAUACAUUUUAUAUUUAAACUAAACAGACGUACUAAAAUAUUUUUUUUAAAGUUACAUCUGAAUGAUUUUAUAAUUAAUAAACUUAUCCAAACUGUAAAAUGGGCUAUUGAUCAGCCAACAGAAUUUAAGGGUAAAUUCAGCUUUAGGUUGAUGUAAGAUCAAUAAAACUCUGCUGUAGGUUUUGUUCAUGAAUGUAAGAUUGGUCUUAAGUUAAUUUGUUCAGUAUUAUUAGACCUCUUGUGUUCAUUAACUAUUUCAUAACAUCAGUUGUUCACAAUAACUCUCUAUUUUUUUUUCAUCUUCUGGUAAUCAUCCUCUAAAAGCUCAUACAUAUAUCAGAAAGACGUGAAUGUACUUUGGCCUUGAUGUUAUCAUUGUGUUUUAGCCUGUUGUUCCUCUAAGGUGGAGUUAGUAGACAAUCUUUCAAGUUAAUAGAUUUAAGGUUUUUUAUCAAAGAUGAAUGAAUAUCAAGACAUUGUCGUUUAUCUUAAUCAUUGAAAUUGAAAUAUUUCGUCAUUAAUAGACUUGCGCCAUCCCCACAUUUGGCAAGUCAUUUCUGUUCAGACUAUUAUAUCACAUUUAACUUGUGAUCGACUUAAAUUAUUUUAAAUAUUAUUGUUAACAAUAAAUAUCAUAUUUUGAAAGAAAACUGAUAACUCAAGUUGAUGAAUUUAUUUGACACAAGAUGGGUCAUCAGGUGUCGAUUUAGAGUGUGCCUCUUUCCGUGUAUACUAUUGUUUAUGAAUUUUUCAAAGUAAAGUAUUUGGAUUAUCGAUGUAGAAGUUAAUGAUCAAAAGAUAAAUUAUUAGAAUACUUACACAUUUUAGCCAUCAGCUGUACUAGAUUACCGUAGGUAGGUGAUUAAGAGAAGGAUUAGAUUAUGUUAGUACAAAUGCUAUGAACGUUACUAUUUUUGUACGUCAGAUGUGCCAUAGGUAGAAGCUAAUUAGUAUUCAAACUAUUACUUGAGACCUAAACUGUUUUUAUCACGCUUUUCGCCUUGCUAAAUGUACAGCUGAGGAAGUCCACAUUUCAUGUAUUGAAGUUAUUAAUUUUAAUGCAUAAAUGCUCAGAGUUAGUUUAAGGAAAGUGAUAUUUAUUGUAAAGUUGUUGUUGGUUUGUAAAUGGAAUGUUGAGAGACUAACUUGUUUUAUAUUGAUUACAAGAGGCCUCGGGAAAGUGAAUGAAUAUUUUUUGACAUCGCUUUGUAAAUAGUUGUGUGUCGUAGAUAGCUAAUGGAUCAUCUUUGUUAUUUCUGACAAAUUUCGAUACAGGGCUCAAAUUGCAUUUGCUUGUACCAACAAUUUUAACCUGGUUUCCAGUGUUAAAUAAUAAUCAAAAUCCCAUGAUCCCAUUUAAAAGGCUUCAGAAUGUCAAUUUGCUUUCAUGGAAAACUUGUAUCGUAACUAUUUGGUUGAUCAAAAGCAAAAUGAAUGUAACUCAUAAAACUUUCUAAAAAAACACGUUUUUAGAUCUCAGUACAUAAAUCAGUCAGUGGACAAAGAAGUCUAUGCAUUUAACUUUAAAAAUUUAACUAAGCCUCAAAUUUAAUGUUAAAAGCUUUUGUGGCUAAAAGAAUUUUUUUAGAAAGUUAAUAAGUAGUUGAGUAUAGCAGUGAGUUUAUCAGGUCUUGCGCCAGUCCACUAUUUGUGUAGAUGAUUUUAUCAGCUAGUUUGUUGCAAUAUUAUUAAAACCAUUAAAAAAGGGUAUUACCGGUUAGGUUGGCAAAGAGUUGGACAAGUAAAAGCAAUCUCUAAACCCUCUAUCAGAACUUGCAAGAAUAAGUAGAUCCAGUUUAGGUGCUGUACUCGCUAAGGAAAUUAAUUGUUGAACCGUACGAAUUUAGUUGUCUUAAGUGUAACUUUGUAUAUUCGAUAGUAGAGUAUUUAGCCAUAUUUUCAUUGGAAUUGGUUAUAUCAGUUAUAGAACUGCUAAAUACUCCAUCAUAACUUUUACCUAAUAUUCUAUCAUGAUUGAUUAGUUAAACAGUAGUCUAAUUAUAAUGGCAGCUUAACUUUUACAGUUAAUAAUUAGAGAGUAAUAAUUUAAAGUUUUUUUUAAAAGCUAUUUUUACUUAUGCUUUAUAUUUUCAUUUUACUAUAUAUGCCCUUCAAAACUUGGUUUUGUAUGCAAAAUCAUACAUUUGUAUAUUAAGUCAAGUUCUAUGCCCUUUGCGAGUAUAAUGCUGCUAUACUUCUUGUUUGUCUAGAAUUCCAAUAUUUUCAAAAACGUUUUUUAAUACUACUUAAAUCUACCUUUGUGAUAGAUUUGUUAGUAAUAUUAAUAAUAGUUUAUACUAUGGACUGUGAUAAUUACUUAAUUAGAUCAUCUUUAAUUUGACAAUUAUUCUUGUAUGUUUCAUAUCAACCCUGUUAUCCUUUAAGAAAUGCUCUAGAAGUGUUGUUACUGGGUUGGAGAUUUUGGAUGAAUUGAAAUAACUAAAACGUCCAUUGGUUUGUGACUCUUAGGUCCGCUUAAUAAGGAGCAGUUUCAAUUUUUUGUAAACUUUUAGCUUGACAAAAUAAUGUAUCUUCAACUCUUAACAUUUUUCUAAGAAAAGAACUAUUGAAUCAGCUUUCUUCAACUUUUCAACUUUAACUUUGUAAAUAUAUGAUGUUAAAAUGUAUAAAAUGUUUUGGAAAAUGGAGAAUUUAAGGAUAAAUAUGUACUCUCAAAAUGAAUUUACAUAAAUCAAUACUACUAUUACCCAUGAAUAUACAUUGAAACAUUAUAUUAUUUUUGAGAUAAUGUUGGCAAUGGAAAAUAUUUCCACGAUUGAUUUCUAAAUAAUCCAAAGGAUGGGUUAUUUAAAAGAUUAUUGAAACACCCUGUAUGGAUAUGUGUGAUUAGGCGGCUUAGUUACCGUAUUUAGUUAAAGAACUUAUUAUUUUAUGAAACUGUAGAUUUGAUAAGAGAAUGAGAGUUGCUACUAAGUAACAUUAGAAUUUCCAGUUAAGUAAUUUUUCAAAAAAUAUUCUUUGUUUGAUUCAAACGCUGUCCGCAAUCUAAAUUUUAAAGUAAGUUUUUUAAGUGCAGCGCUUUUCAAUCUGUUCAGGCCUAUAUGCUGUGUAUCCAAAAUUAUGUCAACAAAACUGAUUCAACAAAUUUUUAUUUGUAAAAGGUAGUUUGAGGUUAAGUUUUCCCAAUUUUACCCAGUACAAAAAGCAAAUGUUUAACCCGUUAAUGCCGACUUACGAGCGUUAUUCGUACGGCCGCUGCAGGCCCGGCGGCUGACUUACGAGUGCUGCUCGUGUUACCGCUACACAGCGCCACUUGUUAUUUAAUUAUUAUUAUUUUCCCCACUUUUGUUUCUUCUUACUCUUAUGAUGUUUAUAAAUAUCUUGCUUCUUGUUUUGCAUAUUUACUCAUUUAUUUUUGGAAUAACAAACAAGGUUGUAUUGCCAUGGAAACCAGAUAUCAAGAAUAAGAAUAAGAACUUUAUACAGCCAGAAAAUAUUUCAUGCAAAUACAUUGGCACGUCAAUUUUAUAAAUAAAUAAUAUUCAACAGAAGUCCUUAACUCAACUAAGUCUUGCCUUUACCAAAUGAACAUGAUAUUGCCAAUUUAGAGUAGUAUCAAAAGUUAGUCCCAAAAACUUUGGAUGCAGAUUUUCAUUUGGCAUCUCAGGAAUUUCUCUAAGACUAAAUACUACAGUUGAUGUUUUAUCUUUAUUUAGAAUUAAAUUAUUUGCUGUGAGCCAGUUCUCAACAACAUUUUUAUUCAACUCACAGUUUUCUAAAAGUUGACUAUAGUCUGAACUCCUGGUGAUUACCGUGGUGUCGUCUGCGUAUAAAACAAUAUCUGUAGGGACAUUUACACUUAAGUCAUAGACCACUAUCACGAACAAUAAUGGCCCAAGUACCGAGCCCUGAGGGACUCCACAGGUUACAGGUUUACAUUGAGACAGGUUAUUUCCCAUCACCCGAAAUCAGCUGCAGUAAGGUAGACAAACAUUUUUUUAAUAUUAUUACUUAUAAAAGUAAACAACUUGUGAUUAUUCUACACAGGGAAUCAAUUGAACUUGAUAACAGUAGUGUCAUUUAAUCUUGGAAUUUGUAAAUCAAGUUUACUUUAAAAACAUUGUUUAAAAAAAUUUUAAUUUUAUAAUAUUUUUGAGUUUUAUUUUUUUAUUUUACACUUUGACUAUCCAAUUGCCACAUUUUUUGUAGACAAUUUUACUGUGAACAAAAUGGCGAAAGAAUUAUUAAUUUAUUACCUAAGGUUUUCUUUCUAUAACAAUUAGAGUAAAAUUAAAUGCCGACAGAGGGCACUGUGGGCAGCGCAUUAAUUCCUUCCCCAAUGGGUUGAAGAGAUAUUUUUGCAGGUUUGCUUUAAUUUCAACUUCCAUAUUUUAUUUUGAAUCCGGUCCAAUUGAUACACAAAAAGCAAUAAACAAAAUUUGAUAUAUUGAAAGGUUUAACUGUUUAGUUAAAAUACUGUUACUGCAAAUUAAGUGAUAUUAAAAAAAAUGUCUAUUCAAAUUUAGGAAGCAUUUUUACUUGAAACUUUAUCACUUCAAAACUAUUUGUUUCUGUUGGUGAAAUUAAAGUUAAUGAAAGAAAGUUUGUUGUAAACUCUUUUAUUUUCUUACAAUCACAACACAACACAGAAUUAUAUUUAGUAAACAACUUCAUAUGUACAAUGUAAAAACAUAUGAUGGUCCAUCACUAAUCCAGACUAGAUGAGUUGGGUUGCAAUAUUCAACAGUUUCUCAUAAUAAACCCUUAGUUUGAUUGGUAAAACUAAAACUUAACCUAGUUUAUAGAUAAUUGGCAAGAAAAUAAAAAAAUAAACCACUAUGUUGAGAGACUAGGAAGUCUCGUCAACUCUGGAUACACUCUGUUCAGUUAAUCUCUAUUUUUGGCAAACUGUUAAACAAAUUAUGACAAAAGAAUUAGUAGCAACCUCUCAUCUAAAUUUAAGUUUAUCACUCUUUUCAUAAAUACCAAUUCAUGUUUGUGAUAUUCAAGAACAGUACUUAAUAUGUUUGAUUUCUUUUACAUUUGAAUGUAGGACAUUCGAUAGGAGAUAUCGUUUUUUUUUUUAAAGAAAAAUUGUGAAUGUAAUUUCACAGUUCCUGUAGCAUUAAUUUACAUCAUUAUCAACACUUUCUCAACUAACUAGCAGCUAGUCAUGAUCAGAUCUAUGAAAUAUUUCAUUCUAUGCUAAUGCUCAUGUGAGUAUCCUAGUAUAUUGAUGAAAUUUUAAACUUAUUGAUUUGUAGUUAGACUUUUAAAGAUAAAAAUCAAUGCAGAAUAAAAUCAAAAUUGCUAACUAUCCUAGUUUUUUAAAUGUAUUUUCACUCUAAAACUCAAUAUAACGCUAUGAUAUUGUAAGGCUCCCUGCAGAACUAUAUGCGAGGAGUUGUAGUCAAUACGUAAGUUUUUCUUUGUAAGUUUUUGAUAGGAAGAGUGGGUUUAAAAAAAGGCUUAGAUGACUGUAGUAUCUAUUCUAAUGUGCACUCCAAGGACAGGUGAUAUGAUAAAAAUGUUUAUGAAAGACUACAGUGGUCUCAUCAAUAUAACAAUUUGUUGGUUUUUUAAGGGUAAUUGCUGACUAACCUUCCCAUGACCACACCAACACAUCUUUGCCAAACUUCAAUAUCAAGAUAGAGACUGGACGUUAAACACUUAUCUGUUGUAGUGUAUUUGUAUCGUGUAUCCUGAUGUUGGCUGUCAGGUCUACAAAAGGGUUGUUUAACAUCCAUUUGUCAACUACAUCAAUAUGAAAUUACGUAGAUAGGCCUUUAAUAGCCAUAGUUAAACUUUCAGUCAAAAUAUAACUCUGAAAUUACGAAAGUAACCACCAAACCAAACGGAACAAUUGAGAUGUUCACCAGUCGCAUGUUUAGUCAGUACUGGUCAGUUUGGCGGAACUACGAUAAACCCGUGAAUGAUGAUAAACUGUGAAUGACCGUGAAUGAUGAACUAUGAUAAACCCGUGAUAAACUCCUUUUGCAAUGUGUUAAUUUUUUGGUUGCAAACAGCCCGUAAGUCGGUUUCAAUCCCUAAUAAACGUUGUUCCACGUAAGUCUCUAGUUAAACUAGCUCUCUGUGACAGGUUAAGGCUGGUGUGCUUAACUGCCAGACCAUGAUUACGAGAUUUAAUGAUGAAAUACUAUAUCCAAUUCUUCCUAUCAAAAAUCAAUCUCUAAGCAUAGCCACGCACGAUUCCUUAAAUGCCCAAAUAGAAAUAUUAUACUCUAAAUAUAUUAUUAAAUUAUAAAAAUUGCAGUAUCAUUGGUACAAAUAGAGAUAGCUUUAGCAUAAUAUAUUUCAUAAUUUCUUUGCGAGGUUUAUAUUUUUUCCUUCUAUGUGUUUAAGGUGAACAUAUUCUUUUACAAAAGCUUAUUUUGUUUACAAUAAUAUUCUGUAGUAGGCCUAGAUGAGAGUGAAAUAUAAUUACAAAAGACAUGACAUUCUGUUUAUUUAGUUUAGAUCCGUUAUAAACUUGCUUAGAAUUAGUUACAAAUUCCUUGUAAAAUUAG